AGACCCGCUCAUAUCCAUCACUACCAUCUCUAGCCUCUCUCCAUAGCACUCAUGGCUUCCCUUCUGAACCAACUCUCCCUCGUCUUCCUCCUCUUCCUUGCCUCCUCUUCGUUCCAAAUCCAUGCUAGAGAAAGCCGAUUCCUAGAGAAGGCCACACGCCCCGAGGACACCAAGGAAGCCACUCCCAUCUCCCAAGAGACCCCUGCCGUCAAAAUGGAAGAUCCUUCAACCCUUACUCCACUCCGAAGCUUGAGUGGUAGUGGCUAUGGUCUCUAUGGCCAUGACCAGGAGCAGUUCGCAACAGCUACGACAACAAACUACAACAACAACAACUACCGCUACAACAAUGCCCGUCCCAAUACCGAGCUCGCCAGCGAAAACUACGAGAACAGAUACAACGGCGGAUACAACUAUGCCAACCAAUUCAAAUACGGCUACCACCGUCCAUCCAAGUCCUCCAACGAAGAGUUCAAUAGAGGAAGCUAUGAGACCCAAGGGUACAACAACAACGUAGAUCCAAACAAGCAAUACGGCUUGAGCGACACAAGGUUCUUAGAGAACGGGAGGUACUUCUACGAUGUUAAUGCCGAGAGAACCCGCGACUUCGGGAGACAACCAACCAGGGGAAAUUACGAGAAUGGAGUAUAUGGAAAUGGAAAUGCUAAUUACGCGUACAACAAUCCUGCAGAGAGACGUUGGUACCAGAACAACCAGGUGAACCAGGAGAACCAAGAGGAAUAUGUUCCAUGAGAGGUUGUGUAGGAAUUAUUAAGCUGAUAGAGUCAUGGAACAACAUUGGAGUAAGCUGACCUUUUGAUGGUCAUCAUAACGUGUAUGUUAAGUAAUGGUUUUACUUUGUUUGGCCAUCUUUGAGUGGGAUAGUUAUUGAUGUGCAGGGUCUCCAUUUUGCAUCCAUAUAUAGUGAUGCAAAAGAUGAAUCAAAAUGUAUGCCAUAUAGAAUGUCUUUCCAAUGUACUCUUACGCUAUAUAUAGCUAUUGAGGCAACAAGAUGUAGCCUUCCUCC